AUGUUUGUUUUACUGUUGUUGUUCAUUUGUUCCAUGUACAAAUGUGAGGAGAUUCGGCGACGAUUCGAGUAUAAACACAGUUUUCGGGCUCCAGAUUUGAUUGAUCCAACCGGCAAGAUUAUCUUCUGGGAGGUAAGCGGAGAUGCAAUCGCCAGCAGUGAUCGACUCCGUUUGGCACCGUCUAUGCAGAGCAAGAGAGGAAUUGCGUGGAACACAAAGCCUAUGGUCGAAGGCGAGUUUUGGGAGGUCGAAAUCUCGCUGCAGGUGACCGGACCUGGUCGCAUCGGUGCUGACGGUUUGGCUGUGUGGUACACGGACACAAAAGGUCGUAUCGGUUCCGUUUUUGGAGCGAACGAUUACUGGCGAGGCUUAGGGGUGUUCUUUGACACUUUCGACAACAAUGGACAGGGCGACAAUCCGGCCAUAUUGGUUCUAGUAAAUGAUGGCACAAAGUCGUUUGACCAUUCAAAAGAUGGCGGAUCAGAGGUCCUUGGAUCUUGUAAAGGUGAUUUUCGCAAUCGGCCGGUUCCAGUGAAGGCGAAAAUUCAGUACCACAAAAAUACAGUGACGGUUUUCGUCACCAACGGCUUAUCAUUUGAGUCUCAAUACGAACUGUGUUGCACUGUUUCGGGUGUAGUUUUGCCUAAAAACGGCUAUUUUGGACUUUCUGCUGCUACCGGUGGAAUUGGGGAUGAUCACGAUGUUGUAUCCUUUAGUACCUACUCGAUCGUUUCUCCUGAACUUCCGCCGGUAUUUUGA